CUUGUAGCGGGCGGCGCAGCGGUUUCCCUCUCCCAGUCGAAUAAUUAUCGCCAUUUUCAUCAAACUCUGGCGAUUGCAGAGAGGGAAAGAGAUGGGUCUGCUCACUCACAAAGUAGAAAGGAGCGAGAUAGCAUCAGGUGACCAUAUCUACACUUGGAGAACUGUCUUCGCUUACUCUCAUCACGGAAUCUACGUUGGUGGAAGCAAAGUUGUUCAUUUUACGCGUGACCAAAAUGUUGUUUCAGGAGACCCAAUUCUCUUCUCUGCUCCCUUAAAUUGUUCGUCAGCUUCGAGUACAAAUGUGUCUUCAACCUGUACGAAUAUUCCUGACUGUGGAUUUCAACAAAAGGAAAGUGGGGUGGUUCUCUCUUGCUUGGAUUGUUUCUUGGGUGAGGAGGGGUUAUUGUACCGCUUUGACUAUGGAGCCAGCCCUUCAGUUUUUCUUACUAAACUUCGAGGUGGGACAUGCACCACUGCACAAUCAGAUCCUCCAGAGGCAGUGAUCCAUAGAGCCAUGUACUUGCUUCAAAGCGGUUUUGGAAGUUAUGAUGUCUUCAAGAAUAACUGUGAAGAUUUUGCCUUAUACUGCAAAACAGGUCUUCUUGUUCUUGACCAAGGAGCUCUUGGAAGGAGUGGUCAAGCUGCCUCUGUUAUAGGUGCUCCUUUGGCAGCUAUUGCUUCGUCGCCUCUGAAGUUAUUCAUGACAAGUCCGGUUGGCUUAGUCAUAGCAACCGCUGGAAUGUAUUGUUUGACCAGGUAUGCAACAGACAUUGGUGUAAGGACUGAUGUUACUAAGGUGAAAGUGGAGGAACUGACUUCAUUCCAUAAUUGCAAAAGCUCGAAGAAACGCAAAAAUGAGAACCAUUGUGAUACAAGAGAGGUUACUCUCAAUCAAACAGAUACACCAGCUAAAAAGCUGCGAAGAUGUGAUUGAAGGAGUUUGAGAUUAGUUUUUGUAAAUAGG